GGAGAAGCAGCUGUGGCGGGGGCCGAGGAGGGACAUUUUAAAAGGGCCGGAGAUUGCAGGCGUCAGUGGCCAUGGCGGAUACAGCGACAACAGCAUCGGCGGCGGCGGCUAGUGCCGCUAACACCUCGACCGAUGCACCUCCUUUCCAGCUGGGCAAACCCCGCUUCCAGCAGACAUCCUUCUACGGUCGCUUCAGGCACUUCUUGGAUAUCAUCGAUCCUCGCACACUCUUUGUCACUGAGCAUCCCUUCAAAGUGGAUAUAUGGCAUCAUUAUGACUUCAUAUUGCAGCUCUGGAGUGCACAGAAAAUCAAGCAGGCUAUUCUACACCCAGAUACCAAUGAGAAGAUCUUCAUGCCCUUUAGAAUGUCAGGUUACAUUCCUUUUGGAACGCCAAUUGUAGUUGGUCUUCUCUUGCCCAACCAGACACUGGCAUCCACUGUCUUCUGGCAGUGGCUGAACCAGAGCCAUAACGCCUGUGUCAACUAUGCAAACCGCAACGCUACCAAGCCUUCUCCUGCGUCCAAGUUCAUCCAGGGCUACCUGGGAGCUGUCAUCAGUGCCGUCUCCAUCGCCCCAGUGCCAACAUCUGCAACGUGGUCCUGAUGCGGUACGGGGAGCUGGAGGAAGGCAUCGAUGUCCUGGAUGGUGAUGGCAACCUCGUGGGCUCCUCCAAGAUUGCAGCCA